CCUCUUUAUCAAUAACAACCACUUUCAAUGCUUUUCUUCUCGCCACAAUAGUCAACAGGACUUUUCUGAAAGAUGGGUUGUACAAUCUGUUUGGACGUAUUUGGGGAGGAUGAUCGAGGGAUGCGUCCAGUGGCACUGUCAUGCGGACAUGUAUUUCACCGGGGAUGCAGUGAUGCAUGGCUGAAAGAAUGUAGGAUGAAAAACAGUCCGGCUUGUUGUCCAAUUUGCAAAAAGGAAUUAGGUGAAUCACAUUCUAUACCUUUAUGGCCAAGUGAUGUGAACGAUUUAGACGUUUAUCUUCAAAAUCGUAAACGAAGACAAGAUAUUCAAAGAACAAGUAACGAUCGUGUCCGUCAAGCUCCUGCAGCAAAAGCAUUGGAUGAUUAUAUGACCAGAGAUGCUCAAAGUGCACUUUUAGGAAAGUUGAUGGACUUUCGUCAACAUAUAAAUGCUUAUGUUAUGGCUGUCAAUAAUGUUUCAAUGUCCGCGAUUGGUGGGGAAGAUCGCAUUUUUCGUUUAUUUAACGAGGUUACAAAAGCGCCCGCUCAAAAUGCCGAAUUUCGUGAUGCGAUCAAAUCUCUUUCUGCUGCAAGUGAAACCUUGUCAAAAACUGUUCAAUCAAUCGAAUCUGAUCGAAAACAGAUUGAAGAUGAUCGCAAGAAAGCACAACUUUCUCGUGAAAAAGCCGAUGCUAUGCGUGCAUCGCUUCAAACUCACAUGGAAACAAAAGCAUCAGAAGAACAACGUAUGAACGAUGCCAGACGUCAAACAGACGUUCUUAUGCGUCAUGCAAAGAAGGAGCUUCAAGAUUUAGAAAAGAAAAAGCUUGACUUAGCCAAAGAGCGCGAAUCGAUGAAGAAUGAAGUUCAAGAACAUCAAAGGCAAGUUGCCAAAGCACGUGUGCAAGCAUCUCAACUUAUGGCGAAGCAUCGUGGUGAUACCGAUUUAGAAGUUCAGAAGAUGACAACUUACAUGCAAGAACAAGAAAGACUACGUAUUGAAGCUGAACAAAUGCGUCAUGUCUCUGAGGAGGGAAAGAAAUGGCUUGCUGAUCGUAACAAGCUGAUCAGCACAAAAUUGGAUCAGACACGAGCAGAGAACAAAGCACUUAAAGCUGAACUUAGGGCUCUCAAAGCAGAACUGCCUGCGCAAGUCGCGAUCGCUAAAGGUAAAGCAAAAGAGGAGGAAACGGGCGAUUCUGUGAAGCGUGAAUCAGGAGAAGGCGAUGAUCUCUCCGCCAAUGAUGCCAGCACCUCUUCAAGCAAACUUGACGACAUGCCAAGCUUUACACAAGAAUCGACUGAAAGCAGCAGGAAACAAGAGGAUGAGGAGGAAGACGACGAUAAUGAUGUCGUGAUCCUUGACGAUGACAUUGAAGCCGAAUUUGAUGAUCCGAGCUAUGCUAUGCCACACUGGAUUAAAGCCGAGCACAGGCUUCAACCGCCCAAACGUCAAGGCAGCAGUAGUGCAUGGUCUGGGAUGAGUGGAAACGUGUCAUUUGCACCUUCUAAUCGUCAAGGAGCGAGACGACAACAUGCUGAAAUCUCCAUCGAUGACGACGACGAUGACGGAAACGAUGAUUCGGUUGAAUUUGUCACUUGUAAGAAGAGAAAUACUGGCACAGCUACAACCACUCGAUCUGGUCUUUCGGAUUCUAUGCCGAGUAAUGCGACUUUGAUCGAUCGAAUCAUGUCAGGACCUCGUCAAGUACUCGGACCUAGAAGACGUCGUUGAUAGAAAAGUUUUUGUUUGUGCUAUCAUUUGUAUUUUAUCAUUUUCAUUACCCGCAUAUGUACACCAUCACAAUUUUACAUAUAUCUUUC